UUCCUCUCGGAACACAACACGCCCAUCUUACGUAAAAGGGGCGGAGGCGGAGGUUUAAAAUGCCGGUUAAACGUGUGGCUACAACAUCUGCUCCUCCGCGUCAGAACAACCCGGAGAGAAGGAAGUAGGUCGUAAGCCACGCUGACGCUCUGAAAGACUCCCGCCUCGUUUAGAAACACGAUAAAAACUAAGUGUUCUUCUUAAAGUUUAGUUUUAAGUUAAGUAACUUUGAGCAACAUGGCAGAGAAGGUUGACCUGGAGGAAGUGAAGGCAUCCAACGGCGAGGCGCACCGCGAUGAGCGGCUCGCCAACGGGUUUGCCGGGCAGAGGAAGGGCAGCCCGGAGCCGAUGUCCGAGCGGGUGAAGAGGAUCGUCAAGGCGAACCUGCUGGUGAUCCUGACCGUGGCCGGGGUCAUCGUGGGGGUCUUCAUCGGGCUCGGUGUGCGCACCGCGUCGCCGACCGUAACCCAGCAGAUCUACAUCGGCUUCCCCGGCGAGAUCCUCAUCCGGCUGCUGAAGAUGAUCAUCAUCCCCCUGGUGGUGUGCAGCUUGGUGUCCGGAGCGGCGAGCAUCGACCCCAAAGCUCUGGGGAAACUGGGCGGCUGGGCCAUGCUGUUCUUCUUUGUGACCACCUUGAUAGCCUCGUCCAUCGGGGUGGUGAUGGCUUUCAUCAUCAAGCCGGGAAAUGUGGAAAUGAACACCACCGCCAACGCUAAAGACAUGAGUGAUGAUAUCCCUGCGAAUAAAGAAGUUAUAGACUCCUUCUUAGACCUGAUAAGAAACAUCUUCCCCUCCAACCUGGUGUCUGCCGCCUUUCAGUCGUACGGAACCUCCUACAAGGUGAUAAACGCGUCCGGAAUCGCAGAGAAGGUUCCCGUCGGAACAGAUCAAGACGGGAUGAACAUCCUUGGGUUGGUGGUGUUCGCUAUUGUUUUCGGUGUGGCUCUGAGGAAGCUGGGCGAAGAAGGAGAGAUCCUCAUCAAGUUCUUCAACUCCUUCAACGAGGCCACCAUGGUGCUGGUGUCCUGGAUCAUGUGGUACGCUCCUAUAGGUAUCAUGUUCCUCGUCGCCGGUAAGAUUGUGGAGAUGGAGGACGUCGGCAAGCUGUUUGCCAGCCUGGGAAAGUACAUCGCCUGCUGCAUGAUUGGCCACGCCAUCCACGGCCUGCUGGUGCUGCCCUUCAUCUACUUCAUUUUCACCAGGAAGAACCCCUACACCUUCCUGUGGGGCAUUUUCACAGCCUUGGCCACGGCUUUUGGAACCAGCUCCAGCUCUGCCACUCUGCCCCUCAUGAUGAAGUGCGUGGAGGAGAAAAACGGCGUCUCCAAGCACAUAAGCCGCUUCAUCCUGCCCAUCGGCGCCACGGUCAACAUGGACGGGGCCGCCCUCUUCCAGUGUGUGGCGGCCGUUUUCAUCGCCCAGCUUAACAACACCAGCCUCAACUUUAUCCAAGUCAUAACCAUCCUUGUGACGGCUACAGCGUCCAGUGUUGGAGCUGCGGGUAUACCUGCAGGCGGUGUGCUGACCCUAGCCAUCAUCCUGGAGGCAAUUGGACUGCCCACCAGCGACAUCUCUCUCAUCCUCGCUGUCGACUGGCUUGUUGACCGCACCUGCACGGUGCUGAAUGUGGAGGGCGACGCCUUCGGAGCGGGGCUCCUGCAGCACUUUGUGGACAAAACAUCCAAACACGAAGGAGUGGAGGAGCUGAGCGAGGUCAGGAUGGACGGAGACGCGGCCGCCGCCAUGCCCGAGCACUCGCCGCUCAUCGAUAAGCGAGGCUUGCAGGGCGCGAAAGGAGACCUUUCUUCCGAGAAAGAGUCGACCAUGUAACGCAGACUGUGACUUCUACCGCGAACCCUCCUGCAAACACGAAACCUAAGCUCCCCCUGUUGAGAAAAGAGUCCAAGGAGAGACGACGGACAAGCACACUACAAUGCAAAGCAACGCUCUCUGACCUCAAAUGCUUUUCUGGACGGGGUGCAGCUGAUAUCUUAUGGGAUAUAGAGAAACCAUGAUACACUCAGUGGGUUAUUUAAUUUUUUUUAGGGGAAUGUGAGACUGAUUUUUAUCAUUAUUAUUAUUAUUACUUCUCCUUCAUGUUUAUCUGAUGUUUUCAGUUGGUCUACUCUGAAAUCAGAUUUUAAGGUUUCACAAGCCACUUAAAAGAAAACAGACUAUUCACAUCGAGGAGCGCAGCAGAUGACACUUUAUUCAUGCUGGACAAAUGAAUAUGAAUGUCUGAUGCUAAAGCGUUCUUCUGUCUUAUGUGCAUCACUGUUCUGCUGACAGAAACUCUCUUUUUAUACAUAUAUUUAAGAAAAAAUAAAAUAGCAUAGCGUCCAUAGUUACCACAUAGUCUUUUUUUAGAUUUAAAAGUGUCAGGUUUUGUAAUGUCGCAUGUGAAAUUAAAACAAGAAGAAUGAUAUAUUUUUCAAAAUGGGAUGCAGAUUAAAAAAAAAAAAACCCCAACCAAA